AUGGAUGAAGAAACUCUGGCAUGGCGAACAAUCGGCAUUGUAGAGCGCAUGUCUCUGGAAAAAGGGCUACAUCGACGAGAAACACUCACUCAAUUAGGCCUUGCGGCAGAAGGACGCGAGCGAGUGCUUCGACUUUUCUGGUCCAUCUACAUCCUCGACAUACGCUGGAGCUUUGGAACAGGCAUGCCCUUCUCCCUCGAAGACACAGAUAUUGAUCCCUGGCUCCCCGAGCCGGAAGAGAAGACGCCCUACCUGCGUGUCAUGAUCCGAUACAGUCGGAUCGCCGCGAAAGUGUGGAAAUUCAUCUCGACAUUCAACAACACCAACGAGAUCAGGAAAGACGAGAUGAACUACCUCAACUGGCAGGUCCUGCAAUGGAUCGGCGCGAUUCCAGACUCACUGCGUCUCGAUCACCACCCCGUUGCUCAUACCGACCAGGAUGAAUCCCGGAGCAUUCGUCGCCUUCGUUGUCUGCUCUACUUGCGCUCUAACCAGCUGCGCAUGCUCAUCCACCGGCCGGUUCUGCAUUCCGCAGCACAUAUUAUGCGGUAUCCAUCCGAGUCACAAACGGUGGUCAACAUCGCCAAAGACACGAUCCGCUUCAUCGCGCGUCUCAACGAAACGUCGGAUAUUUAUCGCCUCCAACAAGUGGCAUUCAACUGGUUCCUGGUCUCCGCUCUGGCGGUGUUAUUUCUGGCUGUGGCUCAAACGCCAAGCCAAUUCAGCGGAUCUUGUAGGGAGGAGUUCUACAUGGCGCUGGAACUCGUCAAGGGGUUUUCUACUCGCUCGUAUAUCUCUAGAAGGCUUUGGAGGUCUAUUCGCAGUUUGAGGAAAUUGGGACCUCAGUUGGGGUUGCAUGUCCAUGGACAUGGACAUCAGCAUCAGCAUCAGCAGCAACACCCUCCGCAGGAGGAGACACAUGCAGGUCCUGGAUUAUACAACCCUGCAAGAUCUAGUGAACCGACAAUAGACUCAUUCGACCCUCCGAUGUCCACUAGCACGCAUAGUCACUCGCCGCUGGAUGGAGCGCAGAUGACCCGCGAGCUGAUGGAGUGGUUCGAAGCGGUCGGAAACCUGGAGGAUCAGAUUAUGGGCGUGGGACCACAGGGUCUGUCGGAUUUGGGAUGGCAACAGGGAGGUCGUGGAGGUGGAAAUGCGUAUAUGGUUGAUUAUGGAGGGGAGCUGUCGAGUUUGAUGAAGGAUUGUUUUUAG